UUUCCUGGCAGCUUUACUUUCCACACGUGUGUGCUGUAUUAUAAGACCAAUAACAACACAAACGUAAUGCUAGCGUUUUCAUAUUAAUAUGGAGUUAUGUACCCAUGUUCCGCGCAAAACUUUUAUAUGUUCAUUUCCUAACUGUCAUGCAUCGUACAAUAAAGCAUGGAAACUAGAUGCUCAUAUUUGCAAGCACACUGGGCUGAAACCAUUUGUGUGCGGACAAGGUGGUUGUGACAAGUCGUUCUGCACCAAAUACCAUCUAGCUCGGCAUCAGCUGAGCCACAGUGGCGAGAGACCCUACAGAUGUACAGUAGAUGGAUGCACAGAUGCCUUCACCACAAAUUAUAAUUUGAAGAAACAUGUUAAUCGCAAACACAGCCAUGAAGAUAGACCGCUUGAAUAUGUGUGUAGCUUUGAGGGCUGUGGAAAAGCGUUCAAGAAGAACAAUCAGCUCAAGUCACAUGAGUGUCAGCAACACACCAAUUUACCCCCCUUUCAAUGUACCUUUGAAGGCUGUGGAAAACGGUUCACUUUCCCCAAUAAACUGCGGCUUCACGAGAAGGUCCACCGAGGUUACCCCUGUGAAGAAGAUGGCUGCUCUUUCAUUGGAAAGACCUGGACUGAAUAUACUAAGCAUAGAAGAGACGUGCACAUAGUUCUGUUACAGUGUAACGAGUGCAGCAGGGUGUUUCGCGACAGCUGGUUCCUGAAGCAGCACCAGCGGAUCCAUGCGGAGGAGCGCCAGGUGUUCGUCUGUCCGAGGGAAAGGUGCCAGAGGUCCUUCACCACGCCGUUCAACCUGCAGAGUCACAUCAGUUCCUUUCAUGAGGAACUGCGACCUUACAUCUGCCCCCAUGAAGGGUGCGGAAAGACCUUUGCCAUGAAGCAAAGCUUACAACGCCACAGUGUUGCCCACGACCCAGAACGGAAGAAACAGAAGAAAUCCAGACCCAAGCGAUCUCUCGCUUCCAGACUGAGUGGUUACAAGCCUAAGAGUUGUGGUCCAAAUCCUCACACAUCUUCCGAAUCGGUUGUAAGCGGUCAGUCAGAGCCAGCAAACGAUGUUGGAUCAGAGCCUAUUGAACUGGUAGCCCUUCUGCAAGACAGUCAUUUACCACACUGGGUACGAAAUCAAAUAACUGUCUGACCUGGGUAGCAGGAAUGCAAUUGAUUAGUGCAUUGGGCCACUACCCAAAAAUUAGCUGGUAUCCUAUAGGGGUGAAAAACGUGUGCCUUUGAGCAAGGCAUUUAACCCCAGUUGCUUCUGCAAUUUGUUCUGGAUAAAAGCAUCCCCCAAUUUACUAAAAUGUUCAUUUUGCCCUAUCAUGAAUGACUAAUUGGAGUAAAUUAACUCCAGACAGCCACUCCCAAAAAAGUAUUUGCUUAUUUUCACUGCAUAGAUUGUGUUCUGCUGCAAACCCACACAUACAAAUGUGGAGUUGAUUUACAUGUAUUUAUUUCCCGAGUUCAGUGCUGUGAGUCUGGUGUACGACCUAUGUUGGAGGCAUUAGAUGGGUCAUCAGUGUUUGCUGGAUGCGAGCUGGUAUUUGUGGCCGGCACUGCCACUCCUUUGUUCAUUUCUUUGAUCUCCUUUUCCGAGGGCGGACGUAGGAUGCACAUGGCAGCUCUACCGUCCUGAAUGACUUUGGGUUUGGAAACAAAUCCCACUGGUAUCUUGACCUGUAAAACCAUCUGCUCCAGGCUUGUGUCCUGUUGUCAGUAACAGAAAAACACCACAUUAACACAUGAUCAUGUUCAGCACUUUAACAUCGUUAACAAUCAGUAGAGCUCUACAGUAAAAAAGGAGCCCUUAUUUCUGUCCACAAGGAGAGAUUCAUGUAUAAAUAUGCACAUCUGAGCCUGAUUUGUUUGUUUAUCAAGUGUUUUGCUCAUGUUUGUACUUGUUUAAAUACUCAGGAUUGAAUGUAUGUUUUUGCAAUAAAAACCUAAUUAAUC